GAGGUUACAAUUACAUCAACCCCAACACUUGAAUUGAAAUUGCUUUUGAAAACUGAAAUGUUCCCUCCACGUUUAGCUGCUGAUAACAAACAAAAUGCAGGUCCCCAUCAGAAGAAAAAUUAUCUUGUUUUUAAAAGGGGCAUAUUAUGUCCUGAGUUUGUUUUUCAUCCCCACGAAUACAUCCUCUUUUCAAAAACAAUCUUGCCAUAUUGCUUCUCUCAAAACCUGUCAUUGAGUUAUUGUUGUCGCUUGUCAUUUUCCUGUAAUUUGUUUCCUUUGAGGCUCCCCGGAUUUAAGAGAGAACAGGGAAACACAGAUGAAAGAAUGCUCCCAGAGUGACAAUUAGAAUGAAUAGGAAGAUGCUUUUAUUUUGUGCAGACAUUUUGAAUGAGCGCACAUCUCGCAGAAAACAUUAAAUCUUAACUGUCAUUUAUUUCUGGACUUGAAUGUGAUUUUUCACAUCAUUGAGGCUUUCUCACAUUAUUACAAUCACACAAAGCAUAGCACAUAGAAUAGAAUAGCAAAAGACAAAGCAACAAUAACAAAACAACGGACAAAUACGCAAUUUUGUAAAUGUAGCCGGAAUCAAUUUUCAGUGGACUGUUAGAUGGUCUGUUUUUAUAGAUUGUAGCCAAUUUAUUAUCAGCUUUUUAUAAAUUUUAUUUGCAAUUGUGUUUGUGCUUUAAUGAGUGUUCAGCCAUAAUUUAUGUUGACAUGCUUCAUCCAGAAGCUACACUGACAACAGAGCAGUGAUUAUGAAUAAGUGGGGCUGAUGGAGGAUUACAGGGUGCAAUACAUUUUGUCAUGACUGAUAGUCUUCUCCAUUGUUAUGCUUUAUUGUGUCCUACACAGCAUAGAAAUUGCUCUCCAAAAUGACAAGAAAACACAACCUCUGCCCUUCCCUAUACCCUCAGCUCUGUCAAAGAAUCACAAGGACAACAACAAAAACAAUUUAAUCGCCUCAGCUCCAGAUUAUUGUCUGUCUUUGUGCUGAUAUUGCAGCUUCUUUUAGUUGAUAACCUCAUGAUCCGCCUUUUGUCUGUCUUCUUUUAAUAUAUAUUGUCAUUUUAGGGACAAACACUUUGACACAAUCACUUACUGAAAUAACAAAAUAUUUUUGGGAUUUGCUCUUUUCUUGUAUUAAGAACACGAUAACAAGGAUUUAAAAUGUAAUAUUAAUAUUCCUCAUCCUUUGUCAGUUUUUUGGGUCAAAUAAGCGCAUUAAAUUCAGGAUUUAAAGAUGCAAGCAAGUGAGAUGAUGAAAAACUAUUUAGGAAGAAGAGGAUAAACAAGCCCUUGUGAUGUUUCAUUUCACUUAAUUAAAAGAGAUUAAAAGAUGGCAAAGGGGAAAAAGGUCCUCUUUUGAUAUCGAAGACGUAAAGCCUUUUCACAGUUUCUCAUGUAACUCUGUAAGUUAAGUUUUUACCAAUCUUCCAAUGAAGCUGCCACUACAAGGCAUUCAACCUCUCUGUAAGUCACUAUUGACCACUGUGUCUUAACAAUACAUAACAGUUUAUAGGAGUAUUAUUAUCAGAUAUGCAUUAAUCUUUCUUUGUGUUCUCAGUUUUUCAUGCUGAUUUGACCCAGACAAAAUAAAAAUAAGGUGAAGAAAAUUUUGUCCAUUAAGUGCAUAGUGUCCAAAAUGGGGCUGCAUUUUUGCGGAAUACCUUUGGCCUUAUAUCUAUUUACAUACCAGUCAUAACCAAAUUUUGGCAGGAGAAUCACCGAGAGUCGCUGUGAUGACGCUCGGCUCAAACAGCGUGUCCCCCGGGUGAGCUACGCAAUCCCUGUAUCAGGUGUCAAUCAAAGAAAACAUGAACCCCCUAAUAACCUUUAAAAACUGAGCUGCACAGAAAAAAGAGGACUUGAGCACAAACCAGUCUUACUGUAACUACACGUCAACACCGCAAACAGGGGGGAGAAAAAUGUAGAUUCUGUGUAAUAAAUUUCCAACGUUUGUCCACAUCUCCAUAAGCUUUGCUGGCGGAGGGCGGGAUUUAUGACCUAUACUGCAGCCCGUCAACAGAGGGUGCUGUUCUCAGAGUGACUUCACCCAGCAAGGAGGCAGACAGCAUCCAUCCUAUAUACAGUCUAUGGCCUAGGCUGUGUCUGGAAUGGAUCCCUAACCUCUAUAUAGAUGACUAUAUGGGGGUUAGUGCCAUUUUAAGGGGUGUCCGAAACCUGAGUAAUCAAUUCCAGUGCUCUAUAUAGGGCUGUGUCCGAAAUGAAUCACUCAAUCCCUAACCCCCAUAUGGGGUUUUACAAUAUAGUUGACAUGUAGUGAACUCAAUCACCAGAGGUUUCGGACACUACAUGGCAAGACGCAAUACAUGACGGAAUGCCUACCACUGGUGAGUGACCAUCGGAUGGUCACUACAUUUUGGAAUGCUUUAUGGGAAACUUUGAGUCGCCUAUAUAGGGCACUGAAAUUGAUCACUGAGGUUUGGGACACCCUUCAAAAUGGCGCUAACCCCCUUAUAGUCACCUAUAUAGGGGGUUAGGGAUCCAUUUCGGACACAGCCCUAGAUUGAAAAACACUGGUGCAUCAUCAUUAUUGGUCCCCGGCACCUCACUUCCAUUGUGGCUUUUUUUUAUUGGCAUUGUUUCAUUUUAUUUAUUUAUUUUAUUUUUGCAGUAAGUAACUUACAUUUUUUUUUUGCAUCGCAACUUUUUUUGUGUGUCGUUAACUUCCUUUGUGGCUUUUUUUUUAAUGCACCGUUUCUUUUUUUAUUUACUGUGGGCUUCCGUUUCCCUUUUUUUUUUUUUUUCUGGCAUUCUUAUUUAUUUGCAGCAGUGGCGGUUCUCGGCCACCCUACACAGAUACCACGAGGUGGACUCUAGGUCGUCGUGACAAGCGUGUGCAUACUUGGCAACAAAUAUAAGCAACAUAAACAGCUUCAUCCCACAAUUCAGCACCGUAAACCAGAGGCUACUGGUCCUUUAUUUUAAUGUGAUAAGUCAUGUCUUGUCAUUCCCUUUUGUAACUGUGUGAAACAUGUCUAAUGCAAUAUCCCUCAUAUAAGGUAUAAUUUUGCCCUCAUGUCUUUAUCCUAAAUUCACAACAGGCAUGAGUUUUUGAUUUCCGCGUCUUAGUUAUUGUUGUAUGUUUGUGAGCGUGUAUGUGUGUGUGUGUGUGGUCGUUGAAGGAGUGCAUAAAACCGUGUAAGAGGGCGGGCUUUAAUUUUUUAAGCCAAUCAGGGGAACCGCUCUUCUCCUGUCUACACUCCCAUUGGUUACACUCUGUCUGUGUAUCAUGCUGAUGUUGCCAGGCUUUGAAGCUGUUAGCUCGCAGCUAACCUUAACGCUGACGAUUUCUGCUCUUUUUCCCCAAAUUCUUGCCUGUAUCGUGAACUAUUCCUCCAAGCACACCUAAAGAUUGCUACCCUGUUGUCAUAGGUAAGUUUUUCCUCCGUCAGCCACCCGACAGGUUUUCAGCCUGCUGUUAUUUAUCCGUCAGUGGUAGCAAGCUAACGGAUGGUCAGGCUGAGUGGACUUGUUGGCAUCGCUAGCUAACAAUAACAUGACAAGCUAGGUAAAAUGAUAGCACUCGGUCAGGUGUAGAAAACAAUUUACUUCUUUAGAGUGACCUUGUUAGUAUCACAAAAGGGUUGACUGUAUGUCCUGUUGCUAGCUUAAGCAUGUGAGCCCAUUUAGCGCAUCCACAAGCUACUGGUGUUACCUCUGUGAUGUGUUUUCAUGGCAUCUCAGUCGCAUUUGUUCCUGUCUUAUCCAGCAUGUGCUGAACAAAUAUUUAAGAUAUUGGAGAUUGCGUUGUUAUUAAAUGAUAUUUCCAAUACAGUCAUAAUAUGGUUUACAUUUUACAGUUAGUUCACCGAGAGGGUCGACAAUGUCCAACAAUGUCAGGGUUUCUCGACAUUUUUCCCCUGCUGUAGCCAUAAGGCCAGGUUUUAGUUUUUGUUGUUAUUGCUAAGCACACCAAGUAGCAAAUGCACUCCUGUACACCACCAACACCAACUUCAGCUUCAAAAUUAACUCCAAAAACAACCAUAACCUCUUGUACCAUGUAAACAAAAACUGAGAAUGAAGUGGAAGCUUUGUGAAAGUAGAAUUUAUUUCAGGACUUUUGUAUUGCGUUGCAUUAGAUUGCCUCCAAUGCUCAUAAUCUUAUGGCUGGUUAGUGUGUACAUAAGCAAUAACACAUGAUAGUUUUUUGUAGUUCUGAUAGCAUUUUUAUGUUGUGUAAGGCAUACACUGGGAAGUUUAAAUAAGUAGUAUUUUCUCCAGACUUGCGAUGGGUGCAGUAAUACCUGAAUCAUUGAAAUACUGCCAUCAAAAUAGAUUACUGUAGUGAUUUUAAAACAGUGUUUGUAUAAUGUGAAUCCCCUCCUGUAGACUUGGGUAUUUUAGCAGACUAUUUAAGGCCAACCAUCUCAAAUUUGGGUUUUAAAAUGGACAGUGAUUUUAAAUUUGACAGGCAAAUUAGCUCUGUAGUGAAAUCCAGCUUUUACCAUAUUAGGCAGCUGGCUAAGGCAAAGCCAUUCAUGCCUUUGUUACAUCUCGGAUGGAUUACUGUAACGUACUUUACCUUGGAGUCAGCCAGUCCUCCCUCUCACCUCUCCAGAUAGUACAAAAUGCAGCCGCCUGGCUCUUAACUGGAGUACGUAAGAGGGAGCACAUUACUCCCAUCCUGGCCUUCCUCCACUGGUUACUUGUGCAUUUUAAAGUUCAUUUUAAGAUUCUUUUAUUUGUUUUUAAAUCUUUAAAUGGUCUGGCUCCAUCUCACCUUUCUGAGCUUCUCCACCCCUACACCCCUGCUCGUUGCCUCAGGUCAGCUGAUCAGCUGCUCCUGGAGGUACUGAGGUCCAAACUGAGGCUCAGAGGGGAUAGAUCUUUUUCUGUUGCGUCCCCAAAAUUAUGGGAUGAGCUACCCCUCCAAAUCAGACAAGCCCCCGCACUGUCCAUUUUUAAAACUCGUCUUAAAACCCAUUUUUAUUCAUUGGCUUUCAACCCUGCAUGAGACUCAUCUCCUGGUUUAGUGUUUUAUGUUUCGUUUUUAGUUAUUUUUUUCUAUGUUUUUAAAUUAGUUUUUAAAAACAUUGAAACUAUAUUUUACUUUUUGAUAUCUGCUUUUAUUUUAUCCCUUGUUUUGAUUGUUUUUUAUGUCUGCGUUGUUUUGUCUAUUUAUGUACAGCACUUUGUUCAGCUGUGGUUGUUUUAAAGUGCUUUACAAAUAAAGUUGAGUAAUGUCACAACAUUACAGGUUCAAACAAAGUCAACAGCAGUACUGCAAUGACAACUGUUUAUUUAUUUCAUUGAUGUCUUCUGCUUGGAUUGAAAUUAUUCCUACAUAAACUAACCACUUAUUUGUUUCCUUACAGACAGCUCCCUUGUGUAUGAAACGAUGAAUGGGCACCAUCCUUUGGCUGUGUGGAGAUGACCUGCCAGCCCUUUGGGAAUGGUCAGAAUGGGGCCAGAUGUGCCCCUUCUUAACGAGUACAAGCAGGAGUUUUUCUGGAAGCGCUUCCCCCAGACAGUGUUGGGGGGUCCACGCUUCAAGUUGGGCUACUGCGCCCCACCAUAUGUCUAUGUCAAUCAGGCAGUCUUGUUCUUGACACCAUGGCUUUUUGGGGGAAUUGGUACUCUGCUCUGCCAGCUGCAGCUGCUUCAGGAGCUUCACGCCACAGUCCUCUCUGGUUUGCUGAUGUUUGGGGCUGGAGCAGGUGUCCAGGCCCUUGCGUUGUAUGCUGCCCGACGGAGUGGUGCUGUGGAGAGACUUGGUGCUCCCAACAUCCUGGUUGAUGAAGAGGAAGUGGAAUUCACCCACUGUGUCAGCCCAGAGACAGUCAGAUUCAUUGCCCCUGGAAAGCGGUUUGGGCUGAAUGUGGUUCUGCACACGGCACUAGCUGGGAUGCUCUGUAGCUUUGGGACAUGGUAUGUGUUCCUUGGCAGACUGACAGCUCUCUAUGGCAGCAUCGCUGUGUCUGUGGUCGUCUUUGUCCUGAGUUGGGUGACAUUGUGUAUAGCUGAGUAUUCCCUCAUUGUAAAUACAGCCACAGAAACGGCCACUUUUCAGGCACAGGACACUUAUGAGAUCACCCCUCUCACCCGUCCUCUCUAUAUUUUUAUCUUCAUUGCUGUGGACUUGGCUGAGAGGUGAGCAACAGCACUGAAUUAUUAAUCAUAGUGUGAUUAAUCAUGAAGACCUCUACUGUAUUUUUCAUUGCUCCCUCUUUAAUAAAUCCUGGUGUCUUGCUCUAAUUCAGGUUCUCAGGCCCUGCUCCUGAGCUCCAGCUGGCCAGCCAGGUUCUCCAUGUGCUGUUCCUUUUUCUACCUCUGCUGUGGGCUUUUGGGAUACUUCCCCCCCUGGAUGCCCUGCUCCUCUGGGGAAUGGAGCAGGCCCUUGUGUUUGGAUUAGGAGGCUCACCCAUGUCCAGCAACCUGAGGUAUGUGUCAAAGCAAUAUUUUUCAUACUUAGCUUUAAUAAGCAGGUUUACACCGAUGAUGACAAAUUACUCGACAUUAUUUUUCUGAUAUACUGCAAGAACUUAAUACUUCCAGGCUGCGUCAAGAGAUAAAAAAAGAAAAGCAGGAAAUCUGAUAAUUAAACCAAUCAAUCCCUUCUGAAUGUAUUUAUGUGAGAUAAAUACAUUAAACGUAAGAGCAAAAGGGAGUAGUCAUCCAUAAUUACCUUUUUAAAAGCUGCAAACACUAAUUGAAUCAACCAAUAAAUCCUGUCUAUCCUUUAGCGCUUAUAUAGGUAUUCGUGUCAUCAUGAAAUUUGAUGUUUUGCUUGAAACAUAAUGUGUAUUAUGUGAGCUUUUUUUUUUUCUAAAUCUAUCUAAUAUUUUUGAGAGAUACAAUGCUUCUGCUUUUAUUCUUCAAACUAAAGAGCCCAAGAGUUCCCAUUACAAGUUUAAAAGCAGUUGCUUCGUGUGUUUGAUCAUUUGCACCGUGGUUAUGUUGUUAGAAACCAGUCCUCAUCAGAUGCUAAUAGUCUCAUUUAAAUGACAAGUCUGACAAGCAGCCUGUAACGUUUUGUGUGCACUCUGUCCCACAGGCUGCUGUUGAUGUUUGGUGUAUCCUCUGGUGUAGCUGUGUGUAAUUACUUCAUCCCAUCAACACUGGGUGUGGUUCUCUUCUCCAUCUCUACGGGAUUUCUGCUGAGCCUGGACCUCAGCCAGGUUGGCACUCUCUGCAGAGGUCCCGGGGCCGCCUUUGGGGAUUGUGGAUUUCGCAGAGGGGCGUCUCCACCUCCUCCUCCCUGUUCCUUUGGCUGGAAACUGGGCUGUAGGGAGCUGCUGCUCUAUUUGAGCCUUCUACUAGUGGCAAUGGUUGAGGGAGGGCUGUUGCAUCACUUCCUUGGCUCAGUUCAGUCACAGAGCUUUGGUACAGAACCCCAGGCCCCUGUAAGCUACCUUAUCCUUGUACUCUUCUGCCUUUGCUGGGCUCUCAGAGAGAUCCAAGGAGCAUAUAUAUUUGGAGGGGUGUUCCUCAAUCCCUUGUACCCUAAAGGAAUGUCCAGUGUGCAGACUUUCAAGCAGAGGAGCAGAGGACUCUAUGUUGCAGCAGCAAUCAGAAGAGUCCUUCUUUGUUUUGGUGAGCUUUUUAAAGUGUGUGUUUCAAGGCAGAUAGUUUCUAGCCUGGCUGGGCCAUCCAGUUGCGUGAAUCACUUGCCGUUCCUUCCCACAACAGUCUGGAAUUCAACCAAUUUGGAGUGUGUAUUAGAAAUCAGAAAAUAACCGGGCCAAUCAGUGACUGUGUUUCCACUGUUCCCCGGACAACAGGGAAAGGCAGCCCUUGAUUGGUCCAUGUGUAGAUGGAGACGUCUAACACAUGCUGCGGGACUUUUCAAAGCGCCGUUCAUUCAGAACGCCGUUAAUUCUGCAGUUGACUUUGCAAAGUCGGCAAAAAUCGUUUAUAUCUGCAAAAGAAAACGUAAAAGACAUUGUUUGCUCGCACACGUUGAAAUAUUACCAAACCUUUACUUAAUGCUUGAGAGCCCAGCAGGGAACACAGUUGCGCACUGUGAUGACGUCAGAUGUUUGGUUACGGUGAUUGGUUACAGUAGUCUGUCUAUCAAGGAAAGUACUCCCGCCCACUUUUAGGGCUCCCAAUUGUCCAGACUGUUGUGGGAAGGAACGGCAAGUGAUUCACGCAACUGGAUGGCCCAGCCAGGCUAGAUAGUUUCCUCUCUGUGUGAACACAACAGUGUUCCAAAUGUAAAUGUGUCUUUUACCUGGGUUUACCCUUUCCUUUCAGUGUCUCCAUUUGCAAUGAUUGCAUUCCUCUCUAUGGACAAAUCUCUGCAGCUGCUUCACAGGGUUUCCCUCAGUGUGGGAUUCACACGAGCCUUUAGAGUGGUAUGUUCACACUCACUCUUGCCCUAGAUCUUAGCAUCAGUGUUAUCAUACACGGGGGGGGAAAGUAGUUACAAAGAAGGAAUUCUGUUUUUUUUGUAUCCCUGGGCAGAUUCUUUACAUAACCAGCAAAAUUCCAAGCUUUUUUUGAGUGAAUAGAUCAUGUCUCAUAUUAUGUAAAAUAAACUGAUUUUAGAACUAAGGUAUACAGAAGAUAAAUCCCUGUCAUUCUCAUUACAGUGGUUCCUCUUUGUUUCAGGUGUGGCAGAGUUCAGAGGAUGCUCUGCUGCAAAUGGUCGUAGUGGUCUUGUUGCAGCUUGUAGCUGGAAACAGCAUGCUGUCAGGGUGGAACAACCUGGGGACUGGAGUUCAGCUUCUUCUGGUGAUUAAAUUUUCUUUUUCCCCCCAUAAGAAUAGCUUGGUUAUACAUGACACCUAUAUAGGCUUAAAUAAGGGCAAAUAAGUAUUGACUAUUUGACGCUGACUUAAAACAAGUGCACCAAGUCAACUAAGAAUCGUCGUAGAUUCGUCCACUUUCACAGGACUUUGUGGCUUUGACAGCUCAGGACUGGCAUCCUCAUUCGCAUAAGCUAGAAAGCAGUCAAAAAAAGUGCCGCCAUGUUUCUGUCUUGCACAUGUAACAGUGGAGAGAGAGGGCUCCUACAUGAAAUCAAACAGGACCUUCAUGACAAAACCUGAAAAUUAGUUAAUGUCUUCAUCCUGUAAACCAGACAUGCCGUCAUUAUGAUUUUCUAUUAAAUUCUGUGACCAUAAUUUGUUUCUCUUACCUGUGAUAGGCCUACAAGUCUGACUUUAGUAACCACCCGAACCUUAUAUAUGUAUAAAUCUGCAGUUCAAAUUAAAAUAUUUAGUUUUUUUCAUGAAUAUUAGAAUAAAAAACUUGAAGUUGAUCAAGUUACAUGAAGGAGAGUGAAAGUUGAGCAUAAUCACUCAUGCAUACUGUUCUUUCCUUUAACAUCAUCUAAUGUCACUUCAGUAGAUUAGUGUGUCAUGUUUGCUUGUGUGUUUCUGACGUAGGUGGGCCUCCUAUUUGACAGACUGGCUCAGUUCCUUGCCAAGCUAAAGUUUAGUCUGACGGUGUUGGUGACGUCGUGGACAGAGAAGAAGCAGCGUCGUCAGUCUGCGGGGACUCUCUUGGCUCUAAAUGCCUCCUUGUGCCCGCUGCUGUUGGCGGUGGUGACCCUCUCUGCCCUCCUGUCUGCCCCUCUGCUGCCUCUCUUUACCCUGCCUAUCUUCCUGGUAGGUUUCCCCAGGCCUCAGCGCAGUUGGCCGGGCCCUGUGGGAACUGCCUGUCCAUGCCCAGACUCAAUCUUCUACCAGCAGAUGAGUGGGAGUCUGGCCUCUGCUCUGAGGAAGGCUUUUGCAAGGGGGUCACUGGGUCAGUAUUCUGAACUUGAUAUCAAUGCUGUUAAUGGUUUCUGUUUCAUUGACUUUCCUAAACGUUAAGUGUUCACUAUUUAGUAAUCCCAAGAUCUGCUAAUAUAACUUGAGUUGUGAUUGACGACAUAGAAAUAUAUUUCAGUCUCGGGCUUCAUUUAAAGAUGAUCUUAUUAUGAAUCAAUCUGCUGAUUCAGAAAAAAAUGCUCUUUUAACAUCUUGAAAUGUUUCUUGUCUCUGAUUAACAGCCCAAAUCCAUUCAAGUCUUUUACUUGUGAUCAUACAUAACAAAAUAAGAUGCAGGUUUUUAGACUGAAGGGCUUAAACCAGCACAUGCUUGAUAUUUGAAAUGAGGGCUUAAUUAAAAGAUUUGGACUUUGAUUUAGUUAACUUAUUUGAUAACAGAUGUGUCAUCUAAAAGUUUAAUAAAUUGCAAUUCAUAAAUAUAAUGGGGUGACCUCAUUGCCCUUUUAGUAAAUCACAUUCAACAGAACUACACAUACUAGCUUAUAGAUGUGGAGCGGUAUACAAAAGUGUAUAUUGUUGUCAUUACUUUGUGUUUUGACUUGUGCCAUAAUUGCAGUGACUGAUCACUCCUUUGGGUCAAGCAGGGGCUGUGUAUGCAGAUCAAAGGCCACUGAACCGUACACUCAUAUGGUUUAAUAGUAAGAGGAAUGUUGUUGGGAGCAGCUCUUCAGAAUUGCUGGCAGUAAUGUGAGCUCGUAUGAUCCAGUUAAGCUUCCUGUGAAGUGACCCAAAAAAAAUCGCUCUGAUCUGUAUUCAUUACAUCCAAAUGUUUCCGCACCAUUAACCGCGUAAUACUCUUAGGCCAAAUGCAGCCACUGCAAGGAUUUGGUUCUGCACUUGCUCAGGAGGGAGGGGGGGUUGGAAAAAAACAGUAGAUGUGAAUCAUUAUUUAUGGAUUGAUGGUUCAAGACUGUGUAAGUCAGCUGAAGUUGAUGUCACCAUUUGAUCUUUGUUUAUUUUCUAUCUUGAAGGGCCGUAGUUGUAAUGUAUAAUUCAGAAUAAGCGCUUGUAAGGUCGAUGCUCUCACUCUACUGAUGGCAGUUUGUAGUGUUGCUCCGCUCUGCUCACACUGGGGGCUGUGAACCAGUGAGCAGGAAAGCAGUUUGCCCAGCGUGUCACUUCCCAUCAUGAGGUAGCGGCAGGGACUAUUCUGAGAUGCCGUUAUGGGACAUGACAUUAUUCUUGAGCCAAGCAAGCAGGAGCUGACUUAAAACAAAAAACUCCAUCACCUUGCUGUUUCUGUCCAUAUGUGUUGAAAUAAACAUCUGGCACUCAUAAAUGAAAAACUCUUACUGUGUUAAAAGAGGAGUUUUAGGAGGCUAAUGGAGAUCUAGGGUCAAGAACCGAUUCAAUAUUUAGAUCUCCGUGUAGUCAGCCGGUUAAAAUGAUGCAUGAUCUUCCUGAACAGCUGUGAUGGCGCAUGAUUCCAGGAACCGUCUUAUCUGUAUCGUCAGCACAGGGAUACACAGCUGAUGCAAAAUGAAAGAGAUGCACACCAAAGGUCCCUUACUGAUGACUGUUACAUGUUGUGUAUAUAUAUUUAUAUAUAUACAGUAUACAUAUAUAUAUAUGUAUGUAUUUUUUUACGUCCUUCUUGCUCUCAAUUUACACACCACAUCUCUUGACAAGUUACAUGCAUGGCUGAUGAUUUUCUCUCCCCUCUGUAGGUUCCAUCGCCCCCGGCUCUCAUUUUCUAGGCCGCUUUCAGGACCGAAUGGUUUGGAUAAUGAUCCUGGAGAGAGGAUAUGGUUACUGUACUGUCAACAUUAAGGUACUGGUUGUUUCUGUUUGUGCAACAAGAAUAAUCUGUCCAUGUUUGUGUCUUUAUUUGAAGUCACAUUGAAAUUUAAACGUAGAUAACCCCUGAAGGGAUCAAUCUUUUUUUAAGAUUCUUGCAGUAGAACCACAAAAUUUACAAAAGGGCAUGGGAUGUUUUCAGUUCAAAAAAGAAUAAAGAAAGGGGAGCCUUCUUUUUAAAAUUGUAAAUAGAAGAAGGUCAUUUGGUGGAAAGGUAUGGUUUUCAUUUUCUUUCAUUCUUUCUCUCUAAAAAACCACAGAACAUUUGUUUAUACAUGGUGUGAUCGGCUCACACAGCUGUACCCAAUUUUCUAGACAAAUUCUUGAGUGUUUAUAUUUAUAGAUGAAUGUGACAACCCAAAAGCGAAAAGUUGCUUCCAGUUUAGUUACUCUUGACACAGAUAGAUUCCAAAUAGAGAUGCACCGAUUCAUUUUUUCCUGAUCCAAUCCGAUACCAAUACCUGGGCUGAGUAUAUCGGCCGAUAUCUGAUACCGAUCCAAUCCUACUGUUGAAUGAGUGAACUGUAUACCUUGCACUGUGACUGAAGGCAUCAGGCUUGACGAAAAAAGGUAACAAAUUAACACAGAUAUACAUUUACUUUAUAUUAUUUAUCAAGAAAUAACAAAUUGCACAUUAGCACAGAGCAAAAAGAAGUGAGAUUUCCAUGUAAACAUUUAGUGCAAAAGGAUAGACAGACAUAGAAUAUAAAGCGAACAGAAUCCCUGUGUUGCUGUGUAUAAUAUUAAUUAAAUUAAAAAAAAGACCGGAUUGGAACGCUGGAUCAGCGUCAUUCAUCAGAUUUCCAAUCCAGUUAAUUUGUCAACAUUGGAGCUGAUAUCCGAACCAAAUAUCGGAUCGAUGCAUCCCUAAUUCCAAUGCACUUCUUAAAAAAAAUGUGUUUGUGGUUUUUUUUUAGGGUUUGGAGCUGCAGGAAACUUCUUGCCACACAGUGGAGGCCCGCAGGGUUGAUGAGGUGUUUGAGGCUGCUUUUGAGCGUCCUGAGCGGCUCGGUUUCACCCAAGGCUUCAACCUGCACUGGGGGAAUGCUCUCACGCCUUGCGCUGCUCUAGCAGUUCGAGUCUACUCUGAUGCUCGCAACGUGCUUUCCGGGAUCAUUGACUCUCAUGAUAACUUGAGAAAACUUCAGGAUGAUUUCCUGAAAGCCCUGAUCUGGUUGCUCCUUCGAUACUGUGUGCAGAAGCACAAAGGAUUUCUGUGGAGCAGUGAGGAAGGGCCAGGAGCUGGGGGCAGGAAGUCUCAGUCCUCCACGCUGGCUCAUACAACUUGUAACCAGCCACCUGAGGUUGUAAUGGUGGAAUCUAAUGUUUCAUCUCUCAGGUUUAGACAGGACAGCUCCAGUUUGACCUCCUUUGGUGACUGGUCAGACGAGGAUGACUUAUUUGGACCUCAACCAGCUAGACGUACUGUGGCUUUAGUGACUGCAGAGGUCCAGCCUAGACACACGGCUCUACAGACGGGAGCAUCUCUGCCUGGCUCUGUGGAGAUGGACAGUCUGUUUGAAAACAUGGCUCUAUCUGCCCUGCAGCCGCUGCAGCCUCUGGGUCUGGGCAUCGGCAUGCCAGCAGUUGACAAAGGCCAUAACCCAGAGGUCUUCAGAGAGGGUCCCACCUCUCUCCCUCAGCUGUGCUUCAGCUGCCCUCAGUCAGAGGUGUUCAACCUACCCACAGGGUGGAGGACAGCACCUUUACUACCUUCUCGCUUGCUGCAGCUCAAGCCUUUGUUUCCUGAGGACUGGUUUCGCUUCACCCUGGGACGUUUUGGGCCCACAGUGCAAAGUGAGACCUCAGAGGACAUGACCAAGGCCCUGAAGGAGGAUGAAACAUUGAAAGAGUUGCAUGCACAAGUCGCACUUUCAUGUCUUAUCUCUCUAGGGGCAGAGUCCUCCUUCACCAGCCCAAGUUACGUCUAUAGACUCUAUUGUGGGGAUGUACCAUGGACGGAAGGACUUAACUGGCUCUCCUCAAGUAAAGAACUUUACCAGCUUGCACUUCGUGCUUUCAGGUAAAGUUUGUAGAUUUUAUGUUUUGGCAAGUAAUAGCAGUCAAGCUUAUUAAUUCCAGAAAUAGAGAUGGUUAUUCAAAUGGACUUUUUUGCCUCCAGGUUCAGUUUUAAGUUGCUGUUUGAUCAAGCAAGUCUUGGGCCGAUGGAGUCCCCCGAAGAGCUGUUCAACACUUUGGAGGAAUAUGAAAGGGACUGGUACAUUGGCUUAGUGACAGAGAAAGGCUGGCAUGACAGUGUCCUCCAGGAGAAACCCUUUUUAUUCUCUCUUGGACACGAUCUCACCAUGGUAAUCAUCCCCACUUCUUUUUACACAAUCUAACAGUGUUAAAAUGUAAAAAUGACUACAGGUUAAGUGAUCAAAGAAUUCAUUGUAAUGUUACUAAAAAAUUACGAUUCAAAGCAAAUACAUUUUAACUUCCACUUAUUUUUCAGGGUACCUACACCGGGCGUGUCCUGUCCCUGCAGGAGCAGCUGGUACAUUUGGGCCGUCUGAACGGAGAGGGUGUACGGGGACAGUGGGCCAACCUUUCCUGGGAGCUCCUGUAUGCCACCAAUGAUGAUGAGGAGCGUUACAGCAUCCAGGCUCACCCCUUCAUGCUAAGGAACCUAACUGUUCAGGCAGCAGAUCCCCCUCUAGGGUAUCCCAUUUACUCCUCAGCCCCCCUCCACUUCCCCUGCCUCUGACUGUCGUUUCUGCUGACCAGAUCGGCCUGAGCAAAAUGUCCAUUUCCAAAGUUAAUCGUAUUGGAAGAGGAUUUUGUUGAAACAAUAUCAAAGUGAAGAAAAAACUGUCAAUACUUUUGACAUUUCACUCAUGAAACUGUCAACUCACGUGGCUUCAAAAGAAGAAUGUUUGUGUGGGGACCUUAUUAUCAUUUUUUUUACAUUAAUUUCACUCUUAGGUGCUUUUUGCCCUACACCAAAGGGGAGGGAGCAGUGGCACCAACGCUGCAUUCUUGUGCAAGUCAGCAGAUUCUAAAUGGCCAUGUAGACUACCUCCAAGAAGAGCACAUUCAAAAGAACAAUUCCCUCUGAACAUUUGUGUUUUGAAAAGCACCCAUGUUUUUGUGCUUUGUUUAUUGAUGUCUGUGCUAAAAAAAGAAGUGAACACAUUUGCCCAGCCACCCUCAAGAAGACACCUGCUGUUUACCUCUGGAGUUAUCGUACUUUUUUCGAUCUCAAAAUUUUCAGGUGAUAUCCACAAAAACGGGAGAAGAAUUUUAAUGUUUUGUUAUGAUAUCAAGGAUGUGCCUUGGGUAUGUCUUGCUGUAUGUGUAAAGUGUAUAGUGCUGUCGUUCUGUUUACAAUUCACUUGUUUACAAUUAUGUAUGGAAAGAUAUAAAUUUAUCCAUAGUCUCCUGUACAUAUAGAUUUUUCUAUGUGAAACUGUAUAUACUUAUAAUAAAAAAGGCUUGGAGGAAA